CCAACCGCCAACUUCGCCAUCUAGAGCCUCGCUACCUUCAGGUACAGGAGGAAUUCUCGAGGUCACUUCGACCUCUGCGUUUACUUUCUUUGUUGCCCUUUACCGCAACCUCCGCCCGUACUCAUCCUCACUCACCAGACUUCCUCUGUCCCUCCGUCUAUCUUCCACGAACCCUCGGCCGUCUCGCCUCCAUCCCAUAUCUGCAGGGCCUCAGUCCCCCUCCCGCUAUCCUCGUCCGUCCUCCCCGCACCAAUUCACCAUGUUACUGCGAUUUGAAUCAAAAUGGGGCCAGUUUCGCCUGAACGUCGAGCCAACCCUGCACUUCACAUCGCUGACUGCCAUGAUCCUUGACAAUCUCCCAGCGAAUACCGACGCCUCCUCUAUAGUCCUCAGCAACAAGCCCGUCAGCUCAAAACCGGACCCGGAUCGAGAGCGACGUCUCGUCGACCUCCCCGGGGUCGAACUGCGCCAAGUUGGACUUCAACAUGGAGACAAGCUGUACAUCGGGUUCUCAGAACACGAGACCAUGUCCAACGGUCACACCAACGGCGAUGUCGCCUCCGCCCCUCGACGCUUGAACGGCACAAUCGCUUUGCCAGCACCUACCGCCCCAGUGACCGCCCCGACGGUUACCUCUCCAACUCUGGUGAAGAACCCAUGGGAAGUUGUAAAACAGUCAGCUUUGGAUGACAGAUUAGACAGGCUGGACGGGAAGAUUUCAAGACCUAGAGACCUGAAGAUGUGUCGACAUGGGCCCAAAGGCAUGUGCGACUAUUGUCAGCCUCUGGAGCCCUACGACAAGAAAUAUCUCGACGAGAGGAAAAUAAAACAUCUAUCCUUCCACAGCUAUCUGCGCAAAAUCAAUUCCGCCACCAACAAACCCGAGUUGAAGAGCUCUUAUAUGCCGCCACUCUCCGAACCAUACUACCGCGUCAGGAAAGACUGUCCGUCCGGUCAUCCUCCCUGGCCCGAAGGAAUCUGUACAAAAUGCCAGCCGAGCGCUAUCACAUUACAACCGCAAGAAUUCCGAAUGGUGGACCAUGUUGAAUUUGCCUCGGCAGAUAUGGUGGAUAAACUGAUUGAUUUCUGGAGAAAGUCCGGCAGUCAGCGACUGGGGUUUCUAUAUGGUCGCUACGAAGAGUACACAGAAGUACCCCUGGGUGUCAAGGCGGUGGUCGAAGCCAUCUACGAACCACCUCAAAUGUGCGAAGUUGACGGGCUGACACUGCUGGAAUGGCCUAAUGAGAAGGAUGUUGAUGAGGUUGCCCGCCUCUGCGGCCUGGAGCGGGUGGGAGUCAUUUUCACCGAUCUGUUGGCCCCUGAGGAAGGAGAGGGUCAAGCCGUCUGCAAGCGGCACAUCGACUCGUAUUUCCUUUCGUCUCUGGAGAUUGCGUUCGCCGCACGGCUCCAAGCUCAAUACCCAAAGCCUUCGAAGUGGAGUGAGACGGGUCGAUUCGGCUCAAAUUUUGUAACCUGCGUCGUCACCGGAGAUGAAGACGAGAGUAUCACAAUCCGAGCUUACCAGGCAUCAAACGCUGCGGUCGAGAUGGUUCGCGCAGAUAUCGUGGAGCCUUCGGCAGAUCCCUCCGUGAUGCUGGUCCAGGCUGAAGAUGAUCAAGGACCGAACGGCAGAACGCGAUACAUACCUGAGGUAUUCUAUCGCCGAAUCAAUGAGUACGGUGCGAAUGUGCAAGAGAACGCCAAGCCCAGCUUCCCCGUGGAAUAUCUGUUGGUAUCUUUGACUGCGGGCAUGCCCAUCAAGCCCAGCCCUCUCUUCAAGAACGGCAAGUUUCCUGUUGAGAAUCGGGAGGCUGUGGCCGAGGGCCAGGAUCCCGUGGACGUGGCCAAACAAUUGCGCUCGUCACAAUCGGUGGACGCAGUCUCCGACUUCCAUCUGUUAUGCUUUCUACACGGGAUGGGCGUAUUCAGCAAGGAAGAAGAACAGCUUCUAUGUCGAGUGGCGACCACGCGCGACCAGGUGGACGCGAUUCAUUUAACGGAAUCACCAGGAUGGGGAACCCUAUUGGCGAUACUCGAAACAUAUGGUGAGCGGCCCUUGAAGCGUCCGUGGCGUUUGCAGACAGAGGAUGAAUCUUUCGACCCUGGCAGCCCGUCAGAAAGUCUGGCUAAGCGAUUCAAACAGGCGGCUAGUCUCGACCGUUGAGGACAGCAUGUGAGAGCCCGAGGCCGACGAAAUUCCAGUCCCCGAUUGUGUCACAAUUCCAGCCGUCUUCUGCAUAGCGUACGCCGGGGUCACCCAGAUACCAGUCAGUGGCCCUUGCAAUGGGAGCUGCAUAGCAUGGGGUUGGAUCUGUACAACUAAGCCAUUACGAGGAAAUGCCGGGACUAGUGGAUGGUGUGAAUGACAAAAACGGCCGAGCACCGGUGGAGAAAUAUGUCAAUCUGGGAGGAAUCAUGGUGUCACUACCAGAGGAGAUGAUGCUCGUUUGGAUCGACAUGCAGAAGGCUAGAAGCAGAGCCAAAGGACCAUUCGAAUAGGCUAGAGGGAGAUGGGCCCCUUGCACGGAUCGACACAGCCGGGUGUAUGGAUCAGCAGAGGCCAGGCCUGGAUGAAGUGACGAAACAAUACAUCUCCUGGGAGCGGACUCGAGUGGAAGCAGCGCUGUAGGCGGCUGUUCCCUUGAUAUCAUAGUCAGCUGCGCCAUGAAUCGAUUGCCCUGCAAGAGUUGUCGUGAAUGAGUAUCCACCACCAAUGCGUUCUUUUUUUUAC